AAAUUUGACGAUGAUGUCGAUCAAACUGAGUGUUUAGUUUGUCUAAAGUGAAAGUAGUCCGGCCGCAUAAAGGCAAGUGGCAUCGCCAUCAGCGAUCUUUCCACUCGCAUGCUGAAGUUGGGAACGGAUGAUGUCUAGCGAUUCUGCUGAUUACAACAGCUCAAAAGAUAGAGGCCAUGAGGGGCCAGAUGGAAUGGAGCCUGAUGGAGUCAUCGAGAGCAACUGGAGUGAGAUUACAGACAAUUUCGACGAUAUGGUCCUGAAGGAGACCCUCCUCCGGGGAAUAUAUGCAUAUGGUUUUGAAAAGCCAUCUGCCAUUCAACAGAGGGCUAUCAUUCCUUGCAUCAAAGGCUAUGAUGUCAUUGCCCAGGCCCAGUCAGGCACUGGCAAGACGGCCACGUUUGCCAUCUCUAUCUUGCAGCAGCUGGACAUUGAACAUAAGGAGACCCAGGCUCUGGUGUUGGCUCCUACCAGAGAGCUGGCUCAGCAGAUCCAAAAAGUCAUUCUGGCUCUGGGUGACUACAUGGGGGCAGCCUGUCAUGCCUGCAUCGGGGGAACCAGCCUUCGUACAGAAAUACAGAAGCUGGAUGCUGAGGCUCCUCACAUAGUGGUGGGCACACCAGGACGUGUGUAUGACAUGCUCAACAGAGGACAUCUGUGUGCUAAAUACAUCAAGAUGUUUGUUCUGGAUGAAGCCGACGAGAUGUUGAGUCGAGGGUUCAAAGAUCAGAUCUACGAGAUCUUCCAGAAACUGAGCACGAACAUUCAAGUGGUCCUGCUUUCUGCCACCAUGCCAGCAGAGGUGUUGGAGGUGACCAAGAAGUUCAUGCGGGAACCCAUUCGCAUCUUGGUGAAGAAAGAAGAGCUUACCCUCGAGGGUAUCAAGCAAUUCUACAUCAAUGUGGAGCGAGAGGAGUGGAAGCUGGACACCCUGUGUGAUCUGUACGAAACACUGACUAUCACCCAGGCUGUCAUCUUCCUCAACACCAGGAGGAAAGUUGACUGGUUGACUGAGAAGAUGCAUGCUAGGGACUUCACCGUGUCUGCUCUGCAUGGUGAUAUGGACCAGAAGGAGCGUGAUGUGAUUAUGAGGGAGUUUCGGUCUGGAUCGAGCAGAGUUUUGAUCACCACAGACCUCCUGGCUCGGGGCAUUGAUGUCCAGCAGGUUUCGCUGGUCAUUAACUAUGACCUUCCUACAAAUCGAGAGAACUAUAUUCACAGAAUCGGUCGUGGUGGCCGUUUUGGCAGAAAAGGAGUUGCUAUCAACUUUGUCACUGAGGAGGACAAGAGGAUUCUUCGGGACAUCGAGACGUUUUACAAUACAACCGUGGAGGAGAUGCCUAUGAAUGUGGCUGACCUGAUUUGAGCCCUGAGAGUUGUCUUUCUUUUUUCUUUUUUUUUUUUUAAACGCAGUGAUAGCGAUCGUACACUUGCAUUGUGCUUAUAUUAUUCGAGGGGGAGAAAAAAAACUUCUAAAUGCUAAACCUUGGAUCAGAAUUUUGGUUUGUUAAAAGCGAGGUGACUUCUGUGGUGGUCCCUCUUGGACAGUUGUAGAUUCUAACCUCCACAGCUGGCUGGUUGGCGCUACAAAGCCAUGGGGGCUGUAAUCAUAAAGGUCCUUAUCAGGUAUUUCUUUCGAUGUUCAAUAGAGAUGUGUGUAUUGGAUGUUCUCCACCGUUUAGUAACUUACUUGUGGACUAAAAGGUAUAAGUGCUGUAUAAAGUCUGCAAAUUAUGUUAUGCUAACAUAUGUGCAAUGUAUCGUUGGCCUGCUUAGUAGAGGCACUUUUCAUGUUAUAUUGUGGAUGUUUUAAUUAACUGUACUUCUCUCUUUUUAAUCCCACUUGCUUUAUCUGAAUUUCUCAUGGUUGGGCUUUAUUUUGCUGAUGUGGUUUUAACUUUACCAGAUUAUAUUGCUAGUCUCCCCCCCCCCCCCUUCAAUACUUUCAGAUUUCCUUCCCAGAAUUGUAUGAAUGUCUUAAUAAACUGAAAGUAAACUUGC